AAAGAUCCUGAACUAUGCCAAGCCAAGCGGUUGCUGUUUCAACAUUCCUGGUUUUCUGUAGCCUGAUUUAUAUUUUAAUUUGGAUCAACAUUCCAGUAAAAUGGAUUUGGAAAACCAUGAAAGAAGCUUCGGAGCUUAAACAUCCGAUCAACGUAACACCUUUUCCCAUCAUCUACAAAGACAAAUUCACAAAGAUGCCCAGGUGGGACUUUGAGGAUGUUUAUAUGCAGCGCAGCGAAGCACGACGACCGGUCUGCCCUGUGUCUCACCAGAACUCCAAAGAUGAAGAGUUUCAGAAGGCUGCAAUGUGGAACAUCCAGCUUUGGUUUCACAACGGCCACCUCGAUAUGAACGAGUGGAACCGUCUAGCACACUUCAACAACCCCUUUGGGUUUAUGGAAUAUAACUAUAUGGACAUCAAAAAGGCAGUCGAUUUGAUCCCCAAGCCCAUAUACAAUCAGCUUUUACCAGUGCCCAGUGACUCGCCAGAUGGAUGCAUCCACUGCGCUGUCGUUGGCACCGGUGGCAUCCUCAACGGCUCCAGAAUGGGCAAAGAGAUAGACUCUCACAAUUACGUCUUCCGAGUGAACGGAGCAGUGACGAAAGGCUUCGAGGAAGACGUGGGCUAUAAAACCUCUGUGUACGUUCACACCUCGUACUCCUUAAGCCAGUCUCUUUUAAGCCUAGCAAGUUACGGCUUCAAACGCAUUCCACAGGAUGAGGGAAUUAAAUAUGUGAUGAUCCCAGAGGGUCUUAGAGAUUUCGAGUGGCUCGAAGGCCUUCUACUGAACAAGACAUUGACAUACGGAUCUUACAAAAGUUACAGACCAUAUACCCACUACAGCGACAGGUUCCGAAAGGAUUCCUUAUAUGUUCUUCAUCCUGACUUUUUAAGAUACGUUCGGAACAGAUUCCUGCCAUCUAAAAGUCUAGAGCAGUCGUACUGGCAUAAGUACAGACCAUCCAAUGGAGCUUUCACAUUGUUCUUGGCUCUUCAUACCUGCGAUAUUGUGGACGUUUACGGAUACAUAACUGCAGAUUACAGCAAAUACUCCAACUAUUAUUUUGAACGAACCACAAAAACCAGUGUUAUUUUUUACAUCAAUCAUGACUAUAAACUGGAGAUGAAAACCUGGAAGAAGCUGCAUGAUGCUGGAAUCAUCAACCUUUAUCAAAGACAGGACCAAUGACACCAAUGUCUGACAUUAUUGGACUCUUUUUUUUUUUUGCAUCACAUAUAUUUACAUGCAUUCAGGUGUGUUUUUAUAAUUUGUUCUAAUUUUUUUUCUUGUUGUAAUAUGGAUUUGGUAUUUUACUGAAUUAUUGGGUCAUGAAAGAUUUGUUCCACAAUGUGGAGCAGUUUUUCCUGCUACUUUACCUCUUUGUUCAAUUCGAUUCAAUUCGGGUUUAUUUGUAUAGCGCUAUUUACAAUGGGCUUUGUCUCAAAGCAGCUUUACAGAACAUAAACAUAGAACAGAAGGUUAA